GGCAUAUCCUCAGGCUUUCUUGCAACAAUCUUGGGUCGACCAGAUGUACGUACAUUCGCUGAUGUGAUGUCCACUGCAUCUCGUUAUCGAUAACGUCGACCGCCUCCCAAGUACGGAGGAGGUAGCGUGCAGGGAUUAUCAUCGGCUUACCUAUGUACGGGUAAGCUUCCAUGUUGUUGUUGUUGACCGCAAAACCAGAGACCCGCUUCUGCCCUCUCUUCCCAAUUCUUCCCUCCUGCACCAACCCCACGUUCUUGCAGCCAACUCUCCACACAGCGCACUCUGCCUGCAUCGCAAUCGCAAGCUCGAACAACUCAGCGACGCAUACACGCACUGCCGCCGACCAGGUUCGAAGGAGCACGGCACACCAGCAGGCCUUCUUGGGUUUAGUGGUUUUUUUUAAAUAUCCCACGAGGCGCGCAACCAACCCGUGGCAGCACAACUAUUGCGCAGUACACUCUAAUCUUCGUUUCCCCGCGAUCCGACGUCCUGCCCGACCGCGACGAGCCAACCAUUGCCCGUCGCAUUUCUCUGGUGUAACCUCGUCUCGACGCAGGGCUACUGAGCAGCGCACCGCGGCCGCUCGCCUCGGUACUUGUCCAACCCCCCGGGGAACAGGGCCGCUCCAGCUGGCUGAUCGGGCCCCAGAAACCGAGCCACCCGCUUAUCACUGCAGCAAGGCCAUCCGACAUCAGGUUGCUGCCGUACACAAACGGCCAGUCUCUCCUUCGGACCCGCAGCAGUCGACGCAUCACCUCGCACCCCCCACACCAUCCCGCUCCCACUCUACCUAGCCACCCCCCCCAGCCCCAAGCCCCAAGCCCCCCAAGGGCCAUCCUUCCUAGCUGCCUCUGUCAGAGCCCGAGAGUCGGGCAGGGAAUCCCUAGGGAGUAAAAAAUUAUCCCGGGACACGCAGAGCGAAGAAGCACGCUUGACGCAUUCUUGCAGC